GUUGCCAGGAUGAAGCUCAUUGUAGCAGCUCUUACCAUUUCCCUGGCCGUAAUAGUCAGUGGAACGUACGUUCCAAGUAUCGAAAAGAAUAUGAAAUUCGCUGACAAGGAUUUCCUCAUGAAGCAGAAAUUCUUCUUCGAAAUUCUGCGAAACAUUCACAUGCCGCUUCAAUACGAGGAAUAUAUGACGUACACCAAGACCUGGAUCGAGGACAAUACCAAGUAUACCAACUACGACCAAGUGAUUGAGUUCUUCAACAUGUACAAGAUGGACCUCUUCCUAGGAAAGGGGGAAAUUUUUACAAUCAACAACAAGUAUCUCCUGAAGCAGACCUACAUGUUGUUCAGCUUCCUGUACAACUCUCUUGAUUGGGAUACGUACUACAAAAACGUCAUUUGGGCUCGUGAGAACAUUAAUGAAGGCAUGUUCAUCUAUGCCAUAACGCUGACUGUUCUUCAUCGCACGGACCUCCAAGGAUUGGUCCUCCCAGCCAUCUACGAAAUCUACCCAUACUACUUCUUCAAUACCGACAUCAUCCGUACUGCCACGUAUCGUAAGAUAUACGACCUCAAGUUCGGAUUCUAUGGCAACGGAAAGUACAAUGUUGUGUACUCCAACUUCACCAUGACCUAUCCAUACGAGGUUUCAGUCACGGACACCUACAUGAAGGACGGAAUGGUCAUGGAUUACUACUACGAGGACAUUGGACUGAACUCAUACUACUUCUACUUCAUGAUGGACUAUCCAUUCUUCCUUGGAGGGGAUAAGUUCGGUUUGCUCAAAGAACGUAGCGGAGAACUGUACCUGUACAUGCACCAGCAACUGUUGGCAAGAUACAACCUGGAGCGCUUCUCGAACUUCAUGUACCCAACUAAGAUGCUAACCUGGAGAUUCCCACUCGAGACUGGUUACUUCUCGCUGUUGAGCUACUGGAACGGAAUUCCAUUCAAGUACCGAGAUGUCAACUUCAUGAUCAAGGACGACGAUUACUUCAAGCUGGACUUGAUUAAGGACUGGGAAAUGAGAAUGCGUAAGAUCAUCGAUGAUGGCUUCUACAUGAUGGAUGAUGGAACCAAGAUUGACCUCCGCAAAUGGGAGAACAUUGAUUUCAUCGGAAAGAUGAUGAAUUGCAACAUGGACAACAUCUUGUGCCAGAAAUUCGGUUUCAUUGAAAUGAUGUCAAAGAUGCUUUUGAGUGGAAUGGACUUCGUGACCAUGAAGACUUGGCCAUCUGCCCUUAUGCACUACGAGACCACUCUGCGUGAUCCAAUGUUCUACAAGCUGUGGGAUCGUCUGAUGAGCUUCUACUACCUGUUCAAGAGCUACUUGCCAUACUAUACAAUGGAAGACCUUACUUUCAAGGGUGUCGUUAUUAAGGAUGUUGCGAUCGACAAAAUGAUGACCUACUUCGAAUACUUUGAUUCCGAUAUCUCGAACGUGAUUCCCAUGAUGAACGUUGAUAAAUACUGGGACCUUUCCGUACUUGGUCGUACCAUGCGCCUAAACCACAAGCCAUUCACCUACACGCUGGAUGUUAUGUCCGAAUUCAACGGAAAGGGUGUAAUCCGUGUCUUCCUUGGACCGAAGUUCGACAAACUGAUGGAUUUGGAAUACUACCGAAAAUUCUUUAUUGAAAUUGAUCAGUAUUUGGUUGACAUGGUGGUUGGCAAGAAUACCUUCAUUCGUAAAUCGCGCGAUUUCUACUGGAGCGUGAGAGAUCGAACAAUGUACACCGAUUUGUAUAAGAAAAUGAUGUUGGCCAUUGCUGACAAGGAUAAGUUCAUACUUGACAUGUCUGAAGCUCACUGUGGAUUCCCAGAUCGCCUGAUCCUGCCAAAGGGCUGGACAAGUGGCAUGAAGAUGCAGCUCUACUUCAUCAUCACACCCUACACCGUUACGGAAACCAAAUCCGACAUGAUUUUCGAUAAGACUUUCAUGUGCGGUAAAUACAACUUCAUCGAUAACCUGCCAAUGGGCUUCCCAUUCGAUCGCGAGAUCGAUUACACUUACUGGUACACGAAGAACAUGCUCUUCAAGGAUGUCUUCAUAUAUCAUAUUGAUAAUACGAAAAUGAACGAAACGUACUAA